AUGGUGAAGAAACAGGCGGAGGCCAACCAUGGUGCGCCCAAGACAGGGCGAGGGAAGCGUCAGGCCGCCGCUGACGAGAACGCAGCUGCUCCUUCCAACGAGGCUCCAGCUACCAAGCGUCCACGGGGCCGACCGCCAAAGGCCUCCUCGGAGGGGCCGCUCGCACCGACGCCCACUGUGGCCACGCCGGCUCCGAAGUUGCGCAAGGCCGUUGUAGUAAUGCAGCUCGAGGGAGAAAACGCUUCUGCAAGGAAGGACGUGGCAGCCAAAACCCCGAGAGUCGCCCGUAGGAAGCGCUCCCGAAGCUUCUCUACGAGAAGCACGAACGACACUGCAAGCGAGGCUUCAAAGCGUCACCGAUCCAAGAAAGUGUCCCGCGGUCGGUCGAGGUAUUCAUCCCGCAGUCGACAUGGCGGACGUGCUCGUAAAGCACGAGGCCGUAGAAGCACUUCUGCAUCGUCUGAAGCAAGCCAACCAAGGAAGAGGCGCACGAGAAGCCGCCGCCAUGUCCCGUCCAUUACAUCUACUUCGACCACGAGCCUGCGCUGGAAGCGCGGCAAGAAGCGACUCCACGCCCAUAGUCACUCGUCCUCGAGGCACGGAGGGCGGCAUGGGAAGUCACGGAAGGCCCCGAGCAGCCGGUCGUCGUCUGCGCGCGGGACGCACACUAGGACUGGCAAGAGAUCCAAGGACCUGAAGAAAAAGUAG